UCUACCUAUUUAUUAUCUUUAACUUUUUUAUCCAUAGCCUGCUUUGCAGAAGAACGAUCCAUAUACUUGGUCUUAUUGGAAGGAGACGCUGUCGCUUUCUCCCAGGUUUCGUCGUCACACCCCAACAGCGAAGAUUCAAUGGCGCAUGCAAAGAAGUUGGUGGAGUCUCAUGAAAUGCUUCUAAACACCUUAGAGGAGGGAAGCUACAGUAAGCUUCACAGCUUCAAGCACAUCAUCAAUGGCUUCUCAGUUGACGCAACCCCAUCUCAGGCUGCGGGACUGAGAAGCAGGGAAGGAGUGAGAGUGGUGGAGAGAGACAGAGGAGCAAGUCUCAAAACGACAUAUACGCCUGCGUUUGUGGGGGUACAAGGAGGAAUGUGGGAGGAAGAAGGAGAAGGAGGAGAAGGGGUGGUGAUAGGUUUUGUGGACAGUGGGAUUAACCCUAGCCAUGGAAGCUUCGCUUACGAUGCGUCACGGCCUUUUGAAUCGAACAUAUCUCAGUUUUCAGGAGGGUGUGAGACAGGUCCCAGGUUCUCUGAAAGUGAUUGUAAUGGGAAGAUAGUUGGGGCAAGGUUCUUCUCUAAGGGAGCUCAAGCCAUUGCUUCUCUCAAUCCUUCUCUUGAUUUUCUUUCGCCUUUUGAUGCUGAUGGGCAUGGCAGUCAUGUGGCGUCAACAGCUGCUGGAAAUUGUGGGAUUGAUGUUGUGGUGAAUGGGUUUUGCUACGGGCGUGCUAGAGGAAUGGCACCGCGAGCAAGAAUUGCUGUAUACAAGGCUAUUUAUCCAACCGUGGGAACUAUUGCAGAUGUUAUUGCAGCAAUUGAUCAAGCUGUAGCCGAUGGAGUGGACAUCAUAAGCCUAUCAGUGGGGCCAGAGGAAGCACCAAGAGACAUAGCGACGAUGCUGAGUGUGUUGGAGAUAAGUCUGCUGUUUGCAAGAAAAGCAGGAGUGCUUGUGGCUCAAGCCGCUGGGAACAAAGGACCUUCACCUUCCUCGUUGCUCUCAUUCAGCCCCUGGACUCUCGGCGUUGCUUCUUCCACCACCGAUCGCUUCUAUUCUGCUUCUCUCCUUCUUGGCAAUGGCCUCUCCUUCCCCGGUGUUGCCCUCUCUGGACCAGGUUUUAGAAAUGAGACAGUUCUGCAUAAGCUUGUGCUAGCGAAGGAUGCAUUAAAAGAGAAUGGAACAUUCCCGAGGACUCCUGAAUAUACUGAAGAGUGCCAACACCCAGAAGCUUUCAACGCUGAUGUACUGAGAGGCAGUGUCAUAAUAAUCUGCACCUUCUCGUCUGGUUUCUACAAUGGAACCUCAACCCUCACUGCCAUUGUCGACACAGCAAAAACCCUAGGGCUUGAGGGCUUUGUUCUUGCUGCAAACCCUAACUAUGGUGAUUAUAUUGCAGAGCCUGUUCCAUUUUCUGUUCCUGGCAUCUUGAUCCCAUCUGUUGCUGAUUCCCAGGCUAUAUUACAAUACUACGAAAACCAAACCAGAAGGUGUGAGAAUGGAAGUGAGACAGAAUAUGGAGGUAGGGCUGCCAUUGGAGAAGGAAGGGUUGCAUCAUUCAGAGGGAGAGCACCAGUAGUGAGCAGAUUCUCAUCAAGAGGACCAGACAUCAUAGACUAUAACACCAAACAUGUUGCAGAUGUUAUGAAACCAGACAUUCUGGCUCCAGGACACCAAAUCUGGGCAGCUUGGAGUCCUAUCAGUGCCCUUCAACCUCUGCUCGUAGGUCAGAGUUUUGCUUUAAUGUCUGGGACAAGCAUGGCCACUCCUCAUGUUGCAGGCAUUGCUGCUCUUGUUAAGCAGCAUAAUCCUUCAUGGACUCCUUCCAUGAUUGCUUCUGCAAUAUCCACAACCGCCACAAAGUAUGAUAACUUUGGAGAUAUUAUCAUGGCUCAGGGAUCUGAUAUUAAUGAUUUGUAUCAAUCCACUCCUUUUGAUCGUGGAGCUGGCAUGAUCAACCCCAAGUCUGCCAUUGAUCCCGGAUUGGUCUUCCCACUAGGGCAUGAAGAUUACAUCGCCUUCUUGUGUUCUUUACCAAACAUUGAUCCAGCAAAUAUAACAGCAGCAACUGGGGAAUCGUGCGAUUUCUCACUUGAUUACCCAUACAAUCUAAACCUACCUUCAGUCACAAUAUCGUCAAUGACUGGCUCAGUUUCUGUGCGGAGAACUGUGAUGAAUGUGGCCAACAAGACAGAAACAUACUUGGGAACGGUUCUUCCACCAAAUGGAACUACAGUUAAGUUGAAUCCUUCUUGGUUCAUCAUAAAUCCUCAGAAAACACAAGAUCUGGAGAUUCAAUUCUGUGUGACUCAGCCUGUGGGUGCUUUCAGCUUCGGCGAAGUUGUUUUCACAGGAAGUCUGAAUCACAUUGUGAGAAUGACCUUGUCUGUGUCUCCAAUUUCCGUAUGAAGAAGAAGAAGAAGAACUUUCAAUAUGUUUCUGUUAAUAAAUGUUGUUAACAUUAACUUUUUAUGAAUAAUUGAAAAAUAAUAUUCAUGAAUCGGCA